AUGAUUGGAGCCCAUGUUGGGAAAGAGAAAACCGGACGCCAGCAUUUGCAAGCCCACAACUUGCAGAAUGAAGGCAAUGACUUCUCUCGUGAUGUCACGAUACUAUUUGCUGCAUCUGGUGAUUUACGCAAUGUGGUCAAAACCAUCUCCGAGAUUCCUCAGGCCUUCGCGCAACGAAUUGAUGUGACUCUUAACGACCGGGAUUUUCACAUCGUUGCAAGGAACACAAUAAUGCUCCUUUUUUGCCUUACAGCACUGGAGAUAACUUCGAUAUCUCCCGGUGGUUUUACCAAUGCCGAGUCUUUGAUUCACCUCUGGUACUCUGCUUCCUUACCGGAGGAUAUUAUUACCCAGUUAGCAUCGCGUGUGAAACCUCUAUUUACUGAAGUUUGUGGACAAAUAUCUACCAAAGCCACCGGGGAGAUUGUGGAGAGGACCUGGAAUUUUUCUCAUAACAGAAGCCUGCGUCUUGCUCUUAAGAAAGAGGAAUGGUACCGACUGGAGGCGCUCUGCGAAGUUCCUUCAGAUCUGACACAGCAGAAAGCUUUCCAUAUCCGGACGGCCACAACACUGGCCCCGGAGAGGCGAGACUUCCGAGAUCGAUGGUAUUUCAAAGACGCGACACCAUCUAUACGUGUAUUAAAGCAGAAGUUUCGGGAAGAUGGACUUCUCCUUCCAUUUGGACAUGAUAGGACCGGUUUCGACCACCCAAAUCCUACUUUCUACUUGCCUCCAUUUGUCUGGCCAAUGGAUGACAAAGCCGAACCUUUAGAUGGGUGGCCGAUACGAGAAGUUGUCCGAGUGCGGACAAUGGCGAAGGAGGACCUAUACGGUAAACUCUACAUUUACCUUCAGCGUGUCUUCCAGAAGUUCCUAGAUCACCUAGCAAGGAUAGAGAUAAACUUUGAACUGCUCAAUAUGGACGCGAUCCAGCUUCCUGAAACCCUCCAGGAGAACAAAUAUACCAGAAUUGAGGUAUCAAAUAUUACCGAUGCUGGGUAUCUGGGUACACGAGAAACCUUGCGCUUAUUGUCCCCUUUGCUGCAAUCUCCACACGAUAAUACUCAUGCCACCAUCAUCUCGGCGUAUCUGAAUGCAGUAAUGGAAAUGGUCAGUGGAGGCGAUACCGAAGACCAAACGCCGAACAUAGAUUUACUCACGGGAUUUCUACCUCUUGACAUAUUCUCCUUGCUACGACCGGAGAGCGCCAACAGUUUGAAAUUCUGGGAUGCGAGAACAACUGUACUUGAUAGACAGAAAUUUUUUGAGAGGUACACCAGAGUGUUUCGAUUUGACCGAAUAUCUGCCGAUUUGCAGAUCGCAAUGAAGGGUCUCAACACGGUAGUUAAGGCAUGGCCCACAAAGCCGAUACUCAAACCGGGACAGCAAGGGUCGCAGGACGAAUUCAACAUCCUUCUGGGCUCAAACUUUACCUGCGUUGAACGACUUGUGGAAUGGAGGCGGACAAAAUAG